GUUGUUGUGGGUUCGACGGUGGUGCGUGAAAAAAAAAUGGCUGCCGUGUAAAAAUUAAUUUCUGAGCUUAUUUAAUUGUUUUUUAAUUUUAAUUUUAUAAAAGUGUUAAUAAGUGAAUAAUCAUGCAUCGUCGUAGAGCAACUGCUUCCAGUGCCGAAGAGCUGGCGCUAUACUCAAGGCUAUCAAACGAUAAGGAUAUUUCUAUAAGAGGGGAACAACAAUCUUGCCCUGGGCCCGUAAAAAUGCCAAGAAACCAUAGUGGCAAUAAAAAACCAACACCGCUGUGCUUCAACAAUAAUGUAAUGCUCAGUCCCAUUUACAAUCCUAACCUGAGCGUUUCCUACUUUGAGCAAGUAUUCAAACAUUUGGGUAUCAUGGGACAAGGUAGCUUCGGCACCGUUAUACGUGUAAGAAGCAGAGAAGAUACUAAAUUAUAUGCUGUAAAACAACUAAAAGCGCAUAUUGGCUCCAUCGAUAGAUGUGCUGAAGUGAAAAACAACGAAUUGAUUGGAUCUAAUGAGAAUUGCGUCCGAUAUUUCAUGUCUUGGGAGGAAAAUUACGACACGUUCAUUCUGUUGGAGUAUUGCGAAAUUUCUCUCCAAGAUUUUUCCAAAAUCAACCGUAAUCUUCCAGAAGAUUUAUUAUGGAAUGUUUUGUAUGACAUGUGUCAUGCUCUGAGCUUUUUGCACAAAAUGACCUAUAUUCAUUUAGAUGUCAAACCUGGCAAUAUAAUGAUGAGGAAAGGUCAUUUCAAAUUGGGAGAUUUUGGAUUGUUGGUUGACGUAAAAAUGGAAAAACGUGCGCGUGUUUCCACAUUGUCUGAUGGAGAUGCGAAAUAUUUAGCCCAUGAGGUCCUUAGUGGCAUUUAUACGACAUCAUGUGACGUUUUUGGACUUGGAAUUUCCAUUUUUGAACUAUCUACUGACAUACAAUUGCCAGAGCAAGGUGGUCUAUGGCAUCAAUUAAGACAUGAAGUAUUGCCAAGUUGGUUUUAUGAGCGUGUAAGUUACCGUUUAUCCACAAUUAUCGAAAAAAUGGUUGUUAGUGAUUACAAGCUGCGUCCCUCAGCAGAGAAAAUCCUUACUUAUGGGACUUUGAAGGAGAUUUCCAAGCGUGAUACAAAAAUUCCAAGAAUUGAUUACGCUGCCCCAUUUGUCCAGCCAGAUGACUUUUAUGACCCAGUACCAUUGGGCCCAAUGGAUUAUGCCGACAGUAUUCUGACUACAACCCCACCUUCAAGUAAUGAAAUAAGACAUUCCCUCAUGGAUUACGGAUAUGGUUCCUAUUAUAAUAGAAGGGAAAGCGAUGUGGAGAACAAAACCCACUUCUCUGGUAGAAAAUCCUUGUUCUGCAAUUCGGGGCCAGGAAUGGAGGAGGAGUUGGCACAGUGCCUCUUUGAUUCAGGCAUAGGAACUGCAAGUGCCGAUAAUAGCCAAGCAAGUGCAGAUAUAACAGACAACUCAUUUGCGAAGGGUUCUGUGAUGACAUCCACUCCAGUAAUUCCCAAAGCCAAAGACUCGAUGCUAAUUCCGAGAACUAGAUUAACUUUUGAUUAAACAUUUUUAAUUUUUAUAACAGGUUAUUUUUUGUUGAUGGCAUUUUUUCCACAAAGUGGAAAUCAUGUAAGGUAUCGUGUUCACUGUUUUUUAUGGGUAUUAAGGACUACCCAUUUUAUACUUAGGUCGGGGCUACCCAAUUCCUUAAUUCUUAAUUCUUAAUCUUUAAAAAUUACCGAUGGUAAAUAAAUUGAACUUUUUAAGAAUUAGGGAAAAAUAUUAAGAAUCAAGGAAUUGGGUAACUCCGGCCUUAAUGUCAAAACUAAAAUCAGAAAACGUCUUUUUCAAUAUUUAAUGUUAAAAGCCUUUUGGAUCUUGAAGCCGUUUUACACAGAAAGUUCUCGAGCGAAACUAUUCUAAAAUUUGUUGCCACAAAAAAGUUCACUGUUUUACCGUGUUUGAUACAGCAAAUAAAAUUCCCCAAAAUUUUCGUUGAGAUAUGUCAUGCGCAUGCGCAGAUAUUUUUUUUUAUUUUGUCAUUAGUUUCAAAUUUCAAAACGUAACCCCAUACUUUUGUGGAUCAAAACAAACUUUCAUUUUGUGAUAAAAUUGAUUUCGAUUUUCUGUAUUUUUCUGCAGUUUCAUAAGGUUCGAAUUUCAGCGUUUUUCAUAAAUAAAAAAUUUUUCGGCUCUGCCAUUUGUCCUACGAAAACGAUGCGCGUCGGAACUCGCGCAUUUUCCUGGCCACUGCUACAAAAACUAGAGAACAAAAAAUCUUGUGAAUUGUUUCGUUAAAAAAUGUUGCUCUGUAAAACGGCUCUUAUUCUUAGGGGUCGAAUAUUUCCGUAAGCUACCAAAAAUUAGAUAAUUUCCAAAAGAAAUUACCUGAUAGGAAAGGUAUUAAAGCAAUUUUCAUUUUUCUAAUAAAAAUAAGGGAUUUAGGCAAUUGGGCUUGGUGCUUUUUUGUUGAAUAAACUGAAAGAUUUUGAAGGAUCAAUUUUAAAUUCGAGGGAAAAGUGAUUAUUUAGUCACUUGAUGAUAGUUGAGUAACUAUAUUAGACCAAUUGACCAUUUCUCUAAUUUAAAAUUCUGAAAAAUUUGGCGGUAACGGCAAGUAUCUUACCUUAGAAAAUUACUACAAAAAUCUGUUAAAUUAUUUAUUCCUUUGAAAAAUUGCCGCGAAAAAAGAUAUUUGAAGUAGCUGAUUUUAGUUGGGACAUUUCAUGAAUAUUCCAUAAUUGUUUAAAAAAUUAUAGAAUUUUCUUUCUUGGAGUAAGCCUAAUUUUUUUACUGAUAUAAAAUAAUUGUUCCAACCUAUUAUUUUUGAUCUCAAACAAUUUUUAAAAAUCCGUAAAUCUCUUAUGCUUCCUCUAAUUAUUGUUCUUCAGUUUUUAUAUAAAUAAUUUAAUGUGCAAUUGUUUCCAAAUUAUGUACAUAUUAGCCUGUUUAAAGUUGAUAUUGUAAAUAAGAUAUAAUUGUCAAAAAUUAAAUUAAUAGUCAAUUUUUAUAGAUUAAUGACUGAAUUCUUAUUUUGAGUGGAAAUCAAAUAAUUUCCACUAAAAAAUUGAGGCAAAUACCUCAGUGAGGUUAAUACAGUCAAAUUUGGGUAUAUUAAACCAAAAAUAUAAUAGUAUUAUUUUUCAAUGGAAAGCAUGCUAUUUUCCACAUCAGUUAAUUCUUCGUUUAUUUAUUCUUAUAAUACCUCGUCAUCGGUUAUUCUGUGAUAGUUACACACAUAUAAAAUCGCUUUGUUCAUUGAAGCCGGGUUUUCGUUAUGUAGCGUGUUCAUUAUAUCCAAGUUUGAUGUAGGUAGCUUCAUUUUUAUUGUGAUAUUGAUAUUAUCAAAAAACUAAUUGUCAAUUCUUCUUUCUUUGAAAUAGUUUAAUUCAAAUUCUAUUGCUAGUGCUCAAUUAAUUGUCUAAAAUUCGAUAGCUUCCUUUCAGAGAUUAUUUAUAGCAAAGUAUAUUGUGAUAUUGUUAAAAAUUAAUUUAUUGUCAGAGAUUAUAUUUGGAUUUCAAUUCUUUAAUUGUUGUGCAAUCGUUUCAAAGUUAAUUUCCUUUUAAUUGUCAUCAAAAUUAAUUAACCUGUAUUUUACUUAUUGCAUGCUGCUAAUAAGUUAUUACCGACAAAAAAAGAGUUUGUUAGUAGAUUAAUUUUCUAUACAUUUUUGUUAUUUAUGUGUAUUUUUUUUGGUAUGAUUUAAUUUUGUUGUAAUAAUUAACCUGGGAUUUAUUAGUGUUGCAAUAUUUACAUUUUUAUGUUUAUUGUCUGUUGAUUCACACUCCUGCUCUUUUUCAAACACUUUUCAGAGCAAAUUGUGAAUUUACAAUUAUUGCUAUUAUUAUUAACACUAUUAUCACACUAGUGAUCCCUGGAAUAAUUAUUAAGAGAAAAGAGAACUAUGUGUAUUAAUUUUCCAUUUAUAAUUGAAAUUGUAUUAUUUUAUUUUUAAUUUGUUGCAUUUAUAGCUAAUCAUUAAUAUCCAAAUUAUUUAAUUAUUAUUAUCUAUAUCUAUAAUCAAUUGGAAAUAUUUUUUGGUUUUUAUUUAUGUUUUGUUUUUUUUUUUUGAUACUCAUAGGUUAAGUUAUUAGUACCACUGGUGCCAAAUAAUGUUGCAGAACUAACAAAGAAAAAAAUCUGAAUGCAUGUAUUACAAAUUUAAUUGGUGAAUUAUUUAUUUUUUCUAGUUGAGUUAUAACUUCUAAUGGUAAACAUUUUUUCUUUGUUAGUUUGUGAUAAGAGUUUAUUUAAUCUGAUUCUCAUGUACUGACUCAAAAUAUGUAACUAAAGUUCAGCAAUAUAAAAAAGAGUGAUCGAUAGUUCCUUAUCAUAAUUGGUAAUUUGUAAUGCAAUAUUGUAACUUAAGGUUGUUUUUUUGCAAUAUUAUAACACCUUAAUAUUAACCACCAUCAAUCACUGCCUCAUUCAUAUAGAUUAAGAAAUUUAACUUAUAAUUCCAUUAUUUCAUAGAUUGUCCAUUAACUUAUUUAUUUAUUUUAUUUUUUUUCAAUUUUGGCUGAAUAUAAUUUAAUUUUUUUUAGGUGGUUUUGUGAUUUAAGUUUAAGGUAAUAAUUGUAAUCGAAUUGAGAGUUUAUUUUUUGUUUAUUUAAUUUGAUUUAAUUUUUUUGACUUCUGAAGUAUUAAAAGUGUUUCUUGAAUAAAAAUAAUUGUUUUAUUUCAAUUCUCUACCAAAAAUUGACCCAAAAAUAUCACUGAUCCUGAACACUAUGGAUAAGCAACUGGAAUGUUCACUUGAUAGACC